AAAUUAACACCAGAGGUGGGGUCCUGAGCACAAUAAAUUGAAACAUCGGCAUAUAAUCCUUAAAUUUUCUACUCUCAAUUUCUAGGACACAAACUUUGACCAUUUAAUUUUGUUUUCAAUUUUUUUUUCUCUCGAAAUAAUGCAAAAUUUGAAAAUAGGUGCGUGCAAUUUAUGUAGACGAAAAUCAGUCCAAGAGUCAAACAUUAUUUAACAAACAUAUUUGCGGUAACCAAUUAUUUAAUCUCAAUUUACUUUAUGGGAUAAUUUGAAGAAAAAUGCUAAAUCUUGUAAAUUAUCACCAGAGGUGGGGUCCUGAGCACAAUAAAUUAAAACAUCGGCAUAUAAUUCUCAAAUUUUUUAAAAAAAUUUACAUAGAAAAAAAACCUCCAAAUUUAUUUUUAAAAAAAUUUCGAAAAUCCUCGCUAAAGUCUCCAACAUCUCAUGAACAUCCAUGACUAUCACAAAAGGCCAUUUAAUAGAUUUUAGGUAUUGGAGCUUAUGACCAAAUAUUUGAGGUUUAUUUUUAGGGGGUAAUGCUUACUUUACGUACCUUUUAUAGUUAGGGUUUGGGAUAUUCAAUAUUGAUGAUUACACUAAUUCUUAAUUUUAAUAUAAAUUACAUAUAUUUCAUAACUUUUUCUUGUUUUUUAAAUUUUUCGUCAAGAGAUAUUGUUUUGAUAUAAUCACGUUGAAAAUUAGUCUACACUCAAGUCAAAUGGUCAAAGGGUGUAAGCUCAGUUUCUUGGACUUCACCAGUUAUCAAUUGUGAUCGAGUGAGUACAUUGUAAAAGUUCUUGGUAAAAUUUGGUACAUUGUAAAAUCCACAAAACCUUGUUAGUUUCGUACUCGCGAGUCAUUCCGAUUUCGAGAGCUUGUAUUUUUCGAUCAUUACUGAAUUUGUUUGAUUUAGAUAUGGUUCAUAAGACGUAAUUAACUGGAAAAUAUGAAAAGACAUCAUGUGUGAUUAACUAUAGUCUAGUGUUAGAUGUAAUUUUUCCAACAACGCUUUUCUAUCAUACAAAAAUUAGUUUCAUAUAUUACACUAUACAGUAUUAUUACUACAUUUAGAUUAAAUUCGUUACUUUGUCAUGACAAAUAAAACGUUAUUAUCCCUUUGAUAUUAUCGUCUAUAAGUUUUACACCAACAAAAAUUGACGUUUAUCUUCUUUCUCUCUCUCUCUUGUUGAAGCUUUUUGUGAAAAAAACUAAUGUUUAUUGCAAACAAGUAUAUAUAUUUAAAUAAAUUUCCCCGUUAGUUUCCUGAUUUUCUCAUCGAAAAAUCAGUUUCCUUAGGAAAUGUAUAGAACCCAUUCAUCUGGAAAACAACGUUAGAAAAAAAAAAGCGAUUAUAAAUUAUUAUUUGUUAUUACAAUUGAUUUAGAAUAUAUUGUUGUAAUAUAUUUGAAUUGAAAAAAAAAGAAUGGUAAAUUCUUGUUGUAUCAUUAAUUACUGAAAUCGGAAACUGUGAAAUGUACGGGGAUGUGCCGGUGUUUAUGGCGGAAGGAGAGUUGUUCAGGGAUCAACCAUACGCAGGAGAACUUCCUCAGGGUCUAUGGACCACCGGUCUUUGUGAUUGUCACGAAGAUGGUUGCAUUUGUUUUCAGACAGCUAUAGUGCCAUGCGUCUCCUUCGCUCAGAACACCGAGAUCGUAAACAGAGGAACCAUACCUUGCAUAAACGCAGGUUUGAUUCAUCUAGCGUUAGGGUUUGUGGGUUGCUGCUGGCUUUACGCGUUUCCAAGCAGGUCAAGGCUUAGGGAACAUUUCGCAUUGCCUGAGAAACCAUGCAGUGACUAUUGGGUCCAUAUAUGUUGCACACCGUGUGCUAUCUGCCAAGAGUCUAGAGAACUCAAGAACCAAGGCGCUGAUCCUUCCCUCGGUUGGGUUUCGAAUAUAGAGAAAUGGAGACGAGAGAAAAUAACUCCUCCCAUUGUUGUACCAGGCAUGAACCGCUAAGUGUUGC